GCAGUACAGAUGUAUGUGAAAAGUUGCCACAGCUGUGUGAUAUCGGUUGAUUUUACUUAACAAGCAGCUGUAUAAACAAGAUGAAGAUCUGCAUCCUACUCAUGAUUGGGACCCUGAUUGUUCUCACUGACGGUAUGCCGCCGAUCAGCAGGGACUACAACACGCACUGUCGGUGCCUGAAGGUGGAGUCGAGGAUCAUCCCUCCCGACAGCCUGAGGAGCAUCAAGCUUUUUCCUGAAGGGCCCCACUGCCCAGACACAGAGGUCAUAGCUGGACUGUCAAAUGGGGAGAAGGUGUGCUUGAAUCCUCGGUCCUCCUGGGUGAAGAAACUAGUCCACUUUGUUUUGGAGAGGCAGUUACAUCAGCAGGGUGGGGCACUCCCCAAGAAUCGAGGAUAAAGGGAAUAAUUAAAUCCAGUUUUUAUAUUUGAAUAAAAAAAUCUGUUCUGGUUUCCAUUAUAUGUUUCAGCUUGUUUGUUUUUUCUUUUCAAAAUGUUAAUAUUGUAUACACAUUUUCAAAAUCAAACACAAAGUAAGAUGUGUUUGAAAGUGAUUAAAAAAACCUGCUGUAAAGUAAA